CGGAACCAUUUUGCCCCUUCAUUCAUGCUAAGUUUACCUCUCACCAUCAUCUUCCCCAUCAAUCACCAUGUAUCACCAUUCAAACCUCUCUCUGAUCAAACAUGAAGGCCAAUAAUAACUACCCACGGACUACGAGUAUAGGAAUCUGCGAGCCGUCCGUAUGCCGAUCACAUCACCAUACUCACCGACGCCAAUAGCACCAACUAAGCUUGCUUCUGUUUAGUUUUGCGAGAGACAUAUGCUCUAAUGGAUGGGCCUCGGUAUCAUUUGUUGAGAUUGAGAGCAUGUCUCAACGGCAAAUGCAAAUAUCACAUUACCUAUACCGCUUUCCUUUCAAAUGUUUCAUCUAUUUAAGAUAUUGAGCCUCGGUGUAUAUCUUUGAUCUAUUUCCUACAUUCACUUCGAAUGUUCUCUCCUCUGUCGCUUUUUAUAUCUUCCAAUUCCUCCGUCUGGAUUCCUUAUUUUUCCUGACCCCGCCACUGUAUCUCUUACCGAGCUUUACUUUUGAUAGCAUCAACAUCUACUGUGUAUACCUCCUUACUGUAGAUACUUACAAUAACAAAAACAAGCAUAAUGGGUUCUGUCCAAAGAUCUGGGAAUUGCGAUUACGACAUUGUUAUCGUUGGUGCUGGUUUAUCGGGAAUCAAUGCUGCAUAUCGUAUCCAAACAGAACUUCCGGGCUUGACCUACACUAUACUCGAGAAUCGCGGAGCAAUUGGCGGAACGUGGGAUCUAUUUCGAUAUCCUGGUAUCAGAUCCGAUUCAGAUUUACAUACAUUUGGAUUCCCAUGGCGGCCAUGGAUGAGCUCCCAGUCAAUCGCUGACGGUGAAUCAAUCUGCAAAUAUUUUCGAGAAUCUGCCGAGGAAUAUGGUAUUGAUAAGAAGAUACAAUUUCACCAUAAUGUUACGUCGGCAGACUGGUCAACGGAAGAACAACAAUGGUCAUUGGCAGUUGAUGCUGGUGGAAGAAAGAGCACUAUAAAAGGACGAUGGAUCGUUUGGAGUACAGGUUAUUAUGACUACAGCGAGCCACUGAAAGUCGAAAUACCUGGACUAGACAACUUUAAGGGCAAGAGGAUACAUCCUCAAUUCUGGCCCCAAGAUCUCGAUUACACCGACAAGAAAAUAGUCGUUAUUGGAAGUGGUGCUACGGCAAUUACACUGAUACCAAAUCUGGCAGACAAGGCAGCCAAAAUAACAAUGUUACAACGAAGUCCCUCGUGGAUACUAGGAGUUCCCGCAAGAGAUUCCACUGGAAGUUCCAUGCGCAAAUAUCUUCCAAGUUGGAUGGCUAGUCAAUUGAUCCGUUGGAGAUUCCUUGUACUCCCCUUACUAUUCUUCCACUUCUGUCGCCAGUUCCCCAGCACCGCUUGCAAAAUCCUUCGAGCAAGAACCAAGAAGGAAAUUCCAUCAACCAUGCCCAUCGAUCCUAAUUUCAGCCCCAAAUACAAUCCUUGGGAACAACGUCUAUGCGUCUGCCCAGACAGCGAUUUCUUCAAAUGUCUUCACUCGGGAAAAGCUGAUGUCGUAACUGAUACCAUUAAAACCGUCACAUCAUCUGGUAUUGAUCUCGAAUCAGGGAAAAGCCUCGAUGCAGAUAUAAUCAUCACAGCCACUGGACUUAAAAUGCAACUUGCCGGUGGCGCCAAAGUGAGUAUCGACGGCGUCCCCUACGAAUAUUCUACCAAAUACUUGUGGAAAGGCAUGAUGCUUCAAGACAUGCCUAACGCAGUAACAGUGGCUGGGUAUACAAACGCCUCAUGGACAUUGGGAGCCGAUAUCACCGCGGGAGUAUUAGUUCGAUUGCUUAAACACAUGCGAGAGAACAAUAUAGUAUCAGCUGUACCGAAAGUUCAUGGCAACAAAAUGGACUCUCAACCCAUGUUGAAUUUGAGUAGUACGUAUGUGGAAAAGGCAAAGGGAUAUAUGCCCAUGGCGGGUGACAGGGGUCCGUGGAAACUACGACAGAAUUAUCUUGUUGAUUAUUGGGUUGCGCAGUAUGGGAAUUUGACAGAGGAAUUGGAGUUUACUACUGCUGGGGGUGCAGGGUUUGAUAAGAAUCAAUGAUUGUAAUGUUUGUACGAAUUACAUGGGAGAUGAAUCGGUUAAAUGGGAGUACGGAUGUAGAUUUGUACUGUGAGCUGAACAAUGAUAACAUGGAAUACAUACACACCGUACCGUGGGAGAAUCAGUUUUGUGAGCGCUGCGAUGCGAUCGAGCAGGAUGAAAUAAUUUCGUAAUUUCGCUGUAUACUGUGGAUGCGGAGGGGAUGGAGAAUGGAAUGUACGCAGGAGGAAGAGGAAGUGAAAGAUGGGGAGAUGAUAGCAAGAAUAAUGAUUAGGAGAAUAUAUAAAAUAAAAGAGUACAGAUAUCGCAUGAGAGAUAUUAAUAUUCAUUAUUAGAUCCAUUAUUUCUCUCUUUUCGUAUCCUUUUAUUCAUUC